GUACAGACUAUCUCUAUAUGAAAUGGAAUGAUGUUAACUGUGCCAGUAGCAGCUAUUUAUCUAUUGCUCAAUGUACCUACUCUACUUACAUUGACAGUGGUUGUGUUAACAGUAACAGUUAUGAUGCUACUGUAUACUGCUAUACUACUAGAAUUUGGAACAGUAAUCCAUAUGCCGGUAUGGUGCGUCUUCAAGAUGGAGAUUAUUCUAAUGAAGGACAUGUUGAGGUUUAUUGUAAUGGACAGUGGGGGAUGAUAUGCAGUGAUGGGUUUGACUCAAAUAAUGCUAAUACUAUAUGCAAGCAACUGGGAUAUGAUUCUUAUGACAAAUUUAAUCACACCUCAAUAUUUAAUAACACAAUUCAGCCUAUAUGGAACACUAACAUGUAUAGUACAGCAAGUCAUAGGUGUUUUGGUUCCGGAAACACUUGUCCAUCAGCUUCAGUGACCAACUGCUCUCAGUUAAAUGAUGUUACACUUACAUGCAGAGACAUUUCAUCUUCUUCCAGACAAACUGUUACUCAGUCCACUUGUUCUGGACUUAUUCUUAACUCUGUUUCAAAAGGAGCACUCGUUUUGACUCGCGACAACGUACCAUCACCUUCUUAUUAUUAUGGAACAAUUAGAGUGUAUUAUAAUGGAUGGGGUAACAUAUGUGAUGACUACUAUUAUAGCUACACCGAAGCUAAUGUCAUUUGUCAUCAGUUGGGAUACACUGGAGCUUCAAGCUACUCUAGAGCUGGACUAACAAGUUAUGGUACAGACUAUCUCUCUAUGAAAUGGGAUGAUGUUAACUGUGUCAGUAGCAGCUAUUUAUCUAUUGCUCAAUGUUCCUACUCUACUUACAUUGACAGUGGUUGUGUUAACAGUAACAGUUAUGAUGCUACUGUAUACUGCUAUGUCACUAGAAUCUGGAACAGUAAUCCAUAUGCUGGUAUGGUACGUCUUCAAGGUGGAUAUUAUUCUAAUGAGGGACGUGUUGAGGUUUAUUGUAAUGGACAGUGGGGGACAAUAUGCAGCACUGGUUUUAGUACAAGUGAUGCUAAUACUAUUUGUAGGCAGCUUUGAUAUGACUCUGGUUCAAGGAGAUAUGAUUCAUUAUAUGGUAAUACAAGUCAGCCUAUCUGGAG